AUGUCUUCGUCGUCGUCGAGUACCGCUUCCUCCGCUUCUUCUACACCCGCGGCUCCACCCGCCUCAUUCUUCAUUCCUGGUCCUACCGGCGCCGUCCCCAGGCCUCAUGCUAGCUCAGAAACAUUGGGAACAUCCAGUGCUGGCGCUGCUUUUGAUAAACGGUCGGAACGGCGACGGUCAACACUCUCUGGGUCGGACCGGAAGAGAAGGCUGAUCAAUUUCGAGGGGGAUGGGUGGCCGCAUCGCACAGGGUCCCACAGGAUGAUGGAAGCAGGAUCGAGUAGCCGGGUGGCAGUGGAUAGCAGGUCUAUCCAGCCGGCACCGUCGCAUGCAGCAGCGACUCCUGCGGUCCCUGGUUCCUCGUUUGCUACACCUAUCGAACUAUCUUCUUCGCCACCGCAGCUGUUGCCUGAAAGAACGGACAAUAUGCACCGAACUUCCUGGUCGCAGGGCGCCAAUGGAUAUAUGGAGUAUAUACGGCCCCGAUGGCAACCUGAUUCGGAGGUUACGAACUGCCCGAUAUGCGGAACAACGUUCAGUUUCUGGUACAGGAAGCACCACUGUCGGAAGUGUGGACGGGUUGUUUGUGCGGCUUGUUCUCCUCAUCGGAUUACAAUACCUAGGCAGUUUAUCGUCCGUCCUCCGGAGCCGAAUCGCUCGCCUGCAGCGACUUUGAUACCCGCGCGGGCAGCUCAGGUCAUCAAUCUGCAUGGGGACGAUACAUCGCAAUCACCGGUGGCGAUUAACCCAGCCCUCGGCGGUGGCGAGGAGGUACGACUCUGCAACCCGUGUGUGCCAGACCCGAAUCCGGAACCGCUUCGGGGGUACACUGCGGUUCGAGGAGGUGGUGAGCAAGGGACGAACUGGGGCAGGGGUCCACCGAGCCAAGGUCGACACCGGUCUUAUCACUCAUUGUCGACAUCUACGAGACAGUUUCCUUAUGAUGCAUUCGUAAGUUUUGUCAACUCAAGAGGCCGAGAGUUAAACACUGAUAAGAUCUCGCCUUUCCAGACGGAGUCUUCUUCAUCAAGAUUGAAUCGGCGAUCAAUAAGCUCGAAUGAUUACACAGGCUUGGGCGGUGCUCUAGGCGGCGUGUUCAGUUCCAGCUUACAAGAAAGACCAAUGCGAUAUGGGUCAUUGCCCGGUUCGCAGUGUUCUAACCGACAUGCUAGCUCGUCGGCCCGUCCCUACCUAGGUUACUUUCCGGCACUCCGCCAUUUACCUCCACCGGCACCUGAAGGGACUAGUGUAUCUACUGGGGGAUCGUUCAGUACAACUGGUCAUGAUCGGGAUUCUCACCGGCGCGUCUUCUAUCCACCGCGGCGUCAUGUUGACGAGAGCGAUAUUUGUCCCAUAUGCAGCGACGAACUUCCACCACUGGGUGAGAAUGGUAACGAGGAUGACCGGGAAGCACACAUCCGUGAGUGCAUCGAGAGCCAUGGCCGUGGCACGCGGUCGGCGUCUCGAGGAGGAAGUCCAGUAGCUGCGUCUCCUGUUCCAGUUCGCAUGCUUGCAUUCACUGCUACGGAGAAGGAUUGUCUAGGACAGGAUGGCGCCGUGCAAGAAUGCACGAUCUGUAUGGAAGACUACGAGGUCGGUCAGCCGCUGGUACGCCUGGAGUGUCUAUGCAAGUUUCACAAGAGGUGCAUUGUAGAAUGGUUUGAGCGCAAGAAGGAGUGCCCUGUGCACAAGGUGGCCUGA